AUGUCCAUCAUAGAGGCAUUCCUUAUGGUUCCACAGCUUGGGAAAUUCCUAAAAGAUGCUAUCUUGAACAAGACAAAAGAGCUACAAGGAAUGGUGAUUCUAAGUCAUGAGUGCAGUGCCAUAAUUCAAAGGAGGACAGUCCCUCAGAAGCUGUCUGAUCCAGGGAGCUUUACUCUGCCAUGCACUAUUGGCCCUUUGAAAUUUGCAAGCUGCCUAUCUGACUUAGGAGCUUCAAUGAGUUUGAUGCCUUACUUUAUUGCUAAGAAUCUGAGAUUCAAUACCUACAAGCCAGCAAGGAUAUCAUUGAUACUAGCUGAUAGAUCAGUGAGGCUUCCCAUAGGUUUAUUUGAAGAUCUACCUGUUAAGGUAGGAGGCUUUGAAGUCCCCACUGACUUCAUUGUCUUAGAAAUGGAUGAGGAACCAGUAGAUCCACCUAUCUUGGGUAGACAUUUCCUUGCAAAAGCUGGAGCAAUCAUUGAUGUAAGAGGUGGAAUGAUUGAGUUGCACAUUGGAUCAGAAACUCUUAAGUUUGAUAUAAAGGAAAUGAUGAAGAAGCCUACAAUAUAA